UUCCUCAUUCCUUAUAUCCUGUUCCUUAUCACCUGUGGCAUUCCACUGUUCAUACUGGAGACAGCACUUGGACAGUUCACCAGUCAGGGAGGAAUCAUGUGCUGGAGGAAGAUCUGCCCCUUGUUUGAAGGCCUGGGAUAUGCAAGCCAAAUCAUUAUUUUCUAUGGCUCUGUCAGCUACAUGGUGAUUUUAGCCUGGGCAUUUUUCUACUUUUUUUCUUCAUUCUCUGGCAGCCUGCCAUGGACCCAUUGUAAUAAUACAUGGAAUACAAAUUCCUGUGUGAUACUGAACAACUAUAAUGCCACUGCCAAUUGGACCUUGCCUGUAAACGUAUCAUCGUCUGUCACAGAGUUUUGGCGACGAAGGGUGCUGAAUAUCUCACCCGGCAUUGAAACUUUGGGGAACAUACAGUGGGACCUUUCUUUGUGCCUCCUUCUGGCCUGGGUCAUCUGCUACUUCUGUGUCUGGAAAGGUGUGAGAUCGUCAGGAAAGGCUACUUACUUCACCGCCACUUUCCCCUUUGUGAUGCUGGUGGUGCUGCUUUUUCGAGGAUUGACCCUUCCAGGAGCUAUGCGUGGCAUCAAGUUCUACUUGUACCCCAAUCCUGCUAGGCUGACUGACCCCCAGGUUUGGAUGGAUGCUGGAACACAAAUAUUUUAUUCGUAUGCCAUAUGUUUGGGAUGUCUCACAACGCUUGGGAGCUACAACAAGUACAACAACAACUGUUACAGAGACUCCUUCUAUCUUUGCCUGUUGAACAGUGGCACAAGCUUCAUGUCUGGCUUUGCCAUUUUCUCAGUCCUGGGAUACAUGUCACAAACUCAGGGUGUUGACAUUUCCUCAGUUGCCGAAUCAGGUCCUGGCCUUGUAUUUAUUGUCUACCCUCAAGCUGUGACCCUCCUGCCAUGGCCUCAAGUGUGGUCUGUGUGCUUCUUCGCCAUGAUUAUCUUGUUAGGGAUAGAUGGUCAGUUUGCUGGGCUUGAGAGCAUCAUGACAUCCCUUACGGAUGUCUACCCGGCCCAGAUUCGACAGGGAUAUCGCAGAGAGGUCCUUCUGUUUCUGAUCUGUGCUAUGUGCUAUUUAAUUGGCCUGUUAUUAGUUUCAGAGGCGGGCGCAUACAUUCUGCAGAUCUUUGACCACUAUGUGUGUAGUGGUCCCACUCUUCUUUUGAUGGCAGUCUUGCAGUCAGUGAUUAUUGGAUGGAUUUAUGGGGCUGAGCGCUUCUAUGACAACAUCAAGGACAUGAUUGGGUACAAGCCUCUGUCGCUGAUCAAGUAUUGUUGGAUGUAUGGCACCCCUGCUAUUUGCUCUGGCACCCUUGUGUUUUUGCUGCUGAGAUACACCCCCCUGAGGUUUAACAACUCCUAUGUGUAUCCCUGGUGGGCAUACUGCAUCGGCUGGUUUCUGGCCAUGUCAUCUCUUAUUAUGAUUCCACUGACCAUGGUCUGCAAACUGGCCAAAGGAAAGGGGACUCUCUGGGAGCGUAUUAAGGAAAGCUCCAAAGCCGCAGAUGACCUUCCAGUGAUGGCAAAGGAAAUGGCAAGCUUCAGUGUCCCACUACGUGUACAUGAUGAUGUGUGAGUGUGUCUGUGAGUGUGAGUGUGUAAUGUGUGUAAUGUGUGUGUAUAAUUUACACAAUAUUUUCAAAAAAAUAUGUGGGUAAAGCCGUUUAUUAUACAUGGUGGUAGUAUUCAUUUACAGGAAUGUGUUUUAAGGUGAGGUGACCUAUCUGAAUAUAGGACAUUGAAUGUGUAAUAUAUAGGGGUGCACCGGUUGCAUUUUUUCAAGCUGAACAUGUUACAAGUCCUUGGGGGUAAAAAAAAAGUUUGAACAUUUUGUCAAAUGCAGCUGUUAAAUUGGCAGCAGUGUGGGACUGUCUCUGACAUUUGUGUAGAAGAAUUUGGUAAUUGGAAAGUCUUUGCCCACCACUGAGCAGUCAGGCUCAGCAUUGACAUAACCUACUUGGCAUUGAGUAUCUGUGUUAAGGUGUUCUAUUACAUUUCUGAAGCCAUUAUUGUCGGCUACGGAAAACGGCAUGUAACUGGCUACACAGAGAAGUCCAGCAGAGCACAGAUCAAGGCAAAAUUACCCUCAAAGUGUCAACUGGCUGGCUGGUCAAUCGGUGCACCUCUACUAAUACUGUUUUUUGUUUAUCAUUAAGUUCUUUAUAUGAGAUUUUUUAUAUUUAUAUCGGAGCACACAAUUACAUACAGUAUGUCAGGAUAUAAAGGAGUAAUGGCAUUCUGAGUUAACAGAAGUCACAUUCCCUCAAUGUGUGUUACUGCCCAAGCUUUUCUGUUCUUUUGCCUAUUUACACCUGAAAUCAACAUGUGGUUCAAAUGGAGGAGAACAAGUUGGUGGCCUUAAAAACAGGUGUAAAAUACACUCAUGACGCAUUUCGUAUUAAGUGAGAUCCAAUCACUCUUUUUCCACAGUCCUCUAGCAGUAUCUAUGCAGAUGUGUCCUGGGCCACACUGUAGGUUGGGAUGGCUAGGGUCAGAGAUUUAAUCCAUAAGCAGUUCAAUUUUUUUUUAAACUUGAUCCAUGAUAACUUUAUCAUAUUUUAUAAUCAUGUAGUACAGUAGGGAGACAACUUAUUAUUUUGUUGUCUAGUAUUUCCCUGUUAACAGGGACUUGGGUCUGAGUUGUAGUUUUCAAUUCAAGUUGUCGAAUAGCAACAGUGUGCCAUUACUCUCUCAAGGUUCACUUUAGCGUCUGCUCGAGAUGCAGAGGCAAAAAACCUAACCAAACAAGUGCAUGUUAGACAGAAAGUUAUUGCACAUUACCAGAAUGCAAUGUGUGUGUCUCUUUAUGUUUCAGUUUUUUUUAUUACAAACACCCAUGUUGAUAUUUCUGUCUACAGGCAGGGCAUUACUACAUUUCCACAUUGCAAAGAUAGUAACUGUUUAUACAACAUUUUGUUAAGUAAAAAAUGCUAAUACUUUGAAAUAUACAAACAGAAAUGUAAACAUUACUAUGGAAUAACAAGCCUGGUGCUGAGGUUAUUCCAGCUGCUAACUUUGAGCAUAUUUCCAAAAAUGUUUAACUUUUUUAUCCCUCACACUUACGUGUGAUUUGUUAAUAUUUUUUCUAAAAAUAGCUAAAAUUCAUGGAACAUGGAAGAUAUUUCUUGACUUUGGGAACAGUAUUCUGGAAACACUUGCACUGAACUAUCUUUUGUAAGCUACACAUACAACCUGAGUCACAUAGACUUUUGGACAAAACUGUUUACUUUCUAUGACAGCAAAACAUUUGUGUCUGUGACCACAGUAACCUCCAGUUAAAGUUCUCAUUGACACAGACCCAUAGCUGUGACCUUUGACCUCUGUGACCUCUGAAACUCUCUUCCCCUUUGUUCCUUUUUGUUUCAUGUUAGCCUGACUGAAAAGACAUGAGCAGCAGUUAAUACUGUUAUUAUGACAGACUUUACAUUAUGCUAUUCACUUCUGCACAUGUCUGGACAUUACCCAGCAGGGCUGCACGUGAGAACACAAAUGUUAUAACCUGUUGAAUCAUACAUUGAAUGCACUUGGAUCUGCUCGCUCACUGGUAUCAAAAUGCAUGUGAUGUAUGAUUGAAUCCGAUCUUGUUUGUCCAAGCAUUGCCUGGGGUUCAAGUAUGAAACAGCUCAUGUCAGUCACAUGGACCUAUCAGUGAAAAUCUCUGAUGGCUUCACACAGCAUUCUUGAGAAGUGCGUGUCAGUCACAUAACUUCCUAAUUUUCAUUUUCACGUGCAUGUUUAGACUACAGCAGUCACCCCUCCAGCAAACCGCCUUGUUGUAGUGUCAAAAACAUCAAACAGGAGUCUCGUCUGGUUUUAAUAUAAGCUGGGCGUGGUUCCUGGCAAAUAAAGACCUGUAGUUGUAAUACUAACAAUAUCACACCUUUUAACACAAUUUUAAAUGCUAUAUCAGGGGAGUAAGUCAUACACUAUCUGAAAUGUACAUUUAUUGAGUAGCUACUAAAUCAAAGUGUGGCAGCUGUUGUGCAUUGCUCAGGCAUGCUGUGUGAACUAAGGCUGAAGGUUUGAAAACAGUGUCAUUACAGUGUCAGGUGUUAAAAAGGUGUUUGGUUUCUUAUAAUUUUCCAAGUGUGACCUCAAACCAAAACUAACCAAAACUAGCAAAUCACUGUAUGGUGCAAUUUUUUUGUUAUGCAGCUCAUUUGAUUACCUACACUUUUUAUCUGAUUGGCAUUGACUUUGUAGAACAGAGGAAUGGUAAUGCAACUAUAUUUCCAGUGUUUUUACAUAUAGAGUGUAUAUUUUACUUAAAAAAACAAACAUAUUUCAUAAAAAAUAGAAGCGGGCACUUUCUCGCCAAAUAGAUAUACCUCCUCAGGCUGGUCAUAACAGUGUUAAUCUAAACCAGCUCCUUGAAUUUUAAGUAUAAAUCCAACAGUGCCUUCAACACUUCCUUUACUUUUUUAAAUACAUGGUUCUUCCUUGGAUUAGUUUUUGAUGUUUUUUCAUAUAUAGAUACACAUAUAACUUUGUAUUUAUAUAUGACUUAUUUGUGAAUGAGUUUGAGUAGUUGAAUAAAAGACCUCUCUGGGGAACUCUGA